UGCCGCUACUAUUGCGCACAUCACCAUCAACCAGUACCUACAGCAGGUAUAUGAAGCCAUUGACACCAGAGAUGGAGCAUCCUGUGCAGAGCUGGUGUCUUUCAAGCACCCUCAUGUUGCCAACCCAUGGCUCCAGAUGGCCUCUCCAGAAGAGAAAUGCCAGCAAGUUCUGGAGCCCCCUUAUGACGAAAUGUUCGCAGCUCACCUCAGGUGUACCUUUGCUGUGGGGAACCAUGACUUCAUAGAGGCAUACAUGUUCCAGACAGUGAUAGUCCAAUCAUUCCUUCGGGCAUUCCAGGCUCACAAAGAAGAAAACUGGGCUCUGCCUGUCAUGUAUGCAGUAGCACUUGACCUUCGAAUAUUUUCCAAUAACGCAGAUCAGCAGUUGGUAAAGAAAGGGAAGAGCAAAGUUGGAGACAUGCUGGAAAAAGCCGCUGAGCUUCUGAUGAGCUGCUUCCGAGUCUGUGCUAGUGACACUCAUGCUGGCAUAGAGGACUCCAAGAAGUGGGGGAUGCUGUUCCUAGUGAACCAGCUGUUUAAGAUCUACUUUAAGAUCAACAAACUCCAUUUGUGUAAGCCUCUUAUCCGAGCCAUUGACAGCUCAAAUUUGAAGGAUGACUACAGCACUGCCCAGAGAGUCACAUACAAGUAUUUUGUCGGGCGUAAGGCCAUGUUUGACAGUGACUUCAAGCAAGCCGAGGAGUACCUGUCGUUUGCCUUUGAGCACUGCCAUCGCUCCAGCCAGAAGAACAAGAGGAUGAUUCUCAUCCACCUGCUGCCAGUGAAGAUGCUGCUGGGUCACAUGCCGACCAUCGAGCUCCUGAGGAAAUACCACCUCAUGCAGUUUUCAGAAGUGACCAAAGCCGUCAGUGAGGGCAAUCUGCUGUUGCUCAACGAGGCGCUGGCGAAGCAUGAGACUUUUUUCAUCCGCUGUGGCAUCUUCCUCAUCCUGGAGAAGCUGAAAAUCAUCACUUACAGGAACCUCUUCAAGAAAGUGCAUUUGUUACUCAAAACACAUCAGCUGUCUCUUGAUGCCUUUCUGGUUGCCUUGAAAUUCAUGCACGUGGAAGACGUGGACAUUGACGAAGUCCAGUGCAUUCUGGCCAACCUGAUAUACAUGGGCCACAUUAAAGGCUACAUCUCCCAUCAACACCAGAAACUGGUUGUUAGCAAGCAAAACCCUUUCCCUCCACUGUCCACCGUGUGCUGACGCAGACCCUGCAGACGGAGUGCAGUCCUGCUGCAGCUGGCCUCUGCAGCCCAAGGUGCUUCCCAGGGCCACUGAGAUGGUCACCAGCACCUGAGUGAUGAGCCAUGUUCUCCAUUGUCCUGACUCAUGCCAGCCUUGCCGAGACCUGGAAUUCCUGUGGAAAAACACCCUUGGCUGGCCAGUGGUGCUUGUGAGCUCCUGGGACAGAAGCAGCUGUGCUUGCUUAGGUUUUAUGUGAUGUUUAUGGAGGCUGUCUUUGUAACACUUUGUAGCUUUUCCUUUCCUUUCCUUUUUUUUAAAGGUAAUUCAAAUUUAUGCAAAUGAUGCAUUCUUUAUUAUGUGUUACAUGAUGUGUCAAAAUCUGAGCAUUUUGUGAACUCAGAAUUCUUGGUUUACUUGAGGCUUUUUUUUUUUAAGUACAAUUUAGAAG